UGAUGACUUCCACAACAAUUAUUGUAUCCCUUUAAAAUAUCUACUUAUAACUGAUUUAGGUACCUCUAGAAUCACUAUCUCGGUCCCCAUUGGUUUUGAUUGAGAUGUGUCUGCUUUCACAUUGAUCACAAGGCUUUCAGUCGCCCACGUAUUCUCAUACAAAGAUAUUGGACUACUUUUUUCAUUCAAAUGUCAAAUAUCUAAGAAACAAAUAUCUGAUAUUUCAAAGUUUUCUGCCUAUGAUUUGAGAGCAAUGGUAGACUUUUCCUUGUAACAAAAUUGAAAAGUCAUUUCCUCACAAGGAAAUUUACAGAUACGCUUCACAUUUCUUUUUAUAAGAAAACAUAUUAGAAUUCAGAUGGGGUUUAGAACCGAAACCAUUGGUAGUAUUUUCGGUUCCACCAUGUUCUUCCUAAUCUUCUUCAGCUUGCUUCUGUCACAGCAUCAUUGUGCUGAAGUUUAUGAAAUAACACCGUCACAACCAUUUUCACAGACACAAACCCUUGUCUCCCCCAGCCGCAUUUUCGAAUUGGGGUUCUUCAGUCCUAAUGGUUCGGUUAACAAGUACGUGGGGAUAUGGCACACAAACAUAUCUCCGCAUAAAGUUGUAUGGGUUGCCAACAGAGAAAAUCCUAUUGCAGCUUCAGAUACCUUGGCUAAUUUGACAAUUAGCAGCAAUGGGAAUCUGGAGCUUGUAGAUGGGAAGCAGAAUUCUCUUUGGUCAACGAAUAUUUCAAUGCCAUUUAAUGGUUCAGCUGCAGGGCUUUUGGACAGUGGAAAUCUUGUCGUAAAACAUGAUGAUGUCGGAGCUGUUCCAUUAUGGCAGAGUUUUGAUUAUCCUAGUGACACACUUCUACCAAGCAUGGUGCUGGGAUUCGAUAGUAAAUCUGGGAAGCGCAGUUUAAUGAAAGCCUGGAAAAGUGAGAGUGAUCCAUCAGCUGGCUUGUUCUUGGUUGGACUUUCACCAGACGUUCCAUCACAAGUGUUCAUUUGGAUUAAUGAAUCGAAACCCUACUGGAGAAGUGGGGCAUGGGAUAAAUCAAGGUUCAUCGGGGCACCAGAUAUGAAUAAUCAAUAUCAAAGUGGAUUCACUCUAAAUGAUGAUGUGAACCAGGGAACAAAAUCUUUUUCUUACAGGGUUUUUAACAAUACGCUUUCAUAUCUUGGCAUCUCUUCAGACGGAGUACUGAGUUAUUUUAAGCUUUCGGACAAUGGCAGCAACUGGUGGCUUCCCUGGGUGGCACCGGUGAAUUCAUGUGACAUUUAUGGAACAUGUGGAGUUUAUGGUGUCUGCAAAGGUUCUGAAUCUCCAAAUCCAAAUUGCGAGUGUUUGAAAGGGUUUGUACCAAAAUCAAAUGAGGAAUGGAGCAACGGAAACAGGACUGGAGGGUGUGUGAGGCACACCGAAUUGUUUUGCGAUCAGAGUAACACAAGCAGGUCAUUUUCUUCAGGUGGAAAAGAAGAUGGGUUCCGGAAGAUGGUGGGAUUAAAGCUACCAGAUUUUCAUGAGCUUAUCGAAAAUCUGGAGGCUGACGAGUGCAAGAUACGAUGCCUAAAUAAUUGUUCUUGUCAGGCUUAUGCGCAAGUUAAUAAUAUAGGGUGUUUGGUCUGGUCCAGUGACCUUAUUGAUAUACAAGAGUUUGCAUUUGGAGGGAACGAUCUUUAUAUUCGCCUAGCACUCGGAGAAUUAGAUGAAGGAAAGCCUGUAAAGCUAAUUGCUAGCGUCACUGCUGUUGGUUUUAUCAGGAACACGAAAGAAAAAACAAAGUUAAUGCAGUUGAAUCAUACAAGUGAUAAUUCAAGGGAUAAUCUUCAAGAAUACAUAAGAAAACAUGAUCCAUCAGAGCUAUUCAUCUACGAUUUUGACAGCAUAUUAAAUGCCACAAACAAUUUCAGCACCAUGAACAAACUCGGGGAAGGAGGUUUCGGCCCUGUUUACAAGGGUAAGCUACAAGAAGGAAAGGAAAUAGCAGUAAAACGACUAUCUAGUAGCUCGGGGCAAGGCAUAGAGGAGUUCAAGAAUGAGAUGCUGCUGAUCUCCAAACUCCAACACAAAAAUCUUGUUAGGAUCAUGGGCUGCUGCGUCAAAGACGAUGAAAAGUUACUGAUUUAUGAGUUCAUGCCGAACAGAAGCUUGGAUACUCUUCUAUUCGAUCGAACGCGCAGAGCACAGCUUGAUUGGGCUAGACGCUUCAAUAUUAUUCAGGGAGUUGCUAGAGGACUUCUUUAUCUCCACCACGAUUCCCGUUUGAAGGUAAUCCAUAGAGAUUUGAAGGUUAGUAACAUUCUCUUGGAUGAGAAUAUGAACCCAAAAAUUUCAGAUUUUGGAUUGGCACGAAUCUUUGAAGGGACACAGAGUCUAGCAAAUACUCACAAGGUUGUGGGAACACGUGGUUAUAUGUCUCCAGAGUAUGCCAUGGGUGGGAUAUUUUCUGAAAAAUCUGAUGUCUAUAGCUUUGGCGUCUUGUUAUUGGAGAUUAUCGCGGGCAAAAAGAAUACUAGCUUCUAUUACAACGAGGAACAGCAUGGAUUUUUAGCUCAUGUUUGGCACUUAUGGAAUGAAGGCAGGGGACUGGACUUGCUAGAUGAAGUAUUGGUGGAUUCAUAUUCGUCCUUAGAAGUAAUGAGAUGCAUGCACAUCGGACUCCUUUGCGUGCAGGACAAGUCUGAAGAUAGACCAACCAUGCCGGACGUAGUUUUCACACUAAGUAGUGAGACGGAUCUUCCACUACCUAAGCAGCCUAUAUUUUCUUAUUUCCGAAUCUCUGUCUCUAAUCCUCAACCCAAAUAUGACAAUAUUUUCUCUGCAAAUGAAGAUACCAUAACCGUGAUCGAAGGUCGGUAAGCAAUAGAACGUUGUUACAUCACAAUGCAGUGGAUUUUGGUGAUUGCAUGUGUAAAUACAAGUAGGGUUAUUGCACCUGUAAAAGUUCUGCAGCUUGUAGAAAGCAAAUCUGCUAUUUAGUACACGGCGAUGGUUUAUUAUUCUCAAAAAAUUUCACAAUUUCAAUGGUAGACGUGGCAGAUAAUCGAAACAUUUUGUUUAAUGAAUUCUUUCUUCUGAAUCUUA